AAGGCCCCCGGCGGCCCCGAGGCUGCGAGCCGCGGCGGGACCCGAGCGCACGCAGGGGCGCGGCGGUGGCGGGGGCUAGCCGGGCUACGGAGGCGGCAGUCAAGAGCGUGGAGCGCCCAGCGCUAGGGCCCAUCCGCGUGCAGGCACCCCAGGGCACAGCCAGCUCGGCCCUGGGCCGGGGGGCCCGGCGCCCGCAGCCCCCCACGCCCGGAGAGGGAUGCGGUGCGCCCUGAGAGCCCGGUAGCCUCGCAUCGCGGCGCUGUAGACUCGAUGAUGGAUGAGCCGUGGUGGGAAGGGCGUGUCGCCUCGGACGUCCACUGCACCCUGCGCGAGAAGGAGCUGAAGCUGCCCACCUUCCGAGCCCACUCCCCGCUCCUGAAGAGCCGCCGGUUCUUUGUUGACAUCUUAACCCUGCUGAGCAGCCACUGCCAGCUCUGCCCCGCCGCCCGGCACCUGGCCGUCUACCUGCUGGACCACUUCCUGGAUCGCUAUAACAUCACCACCUCCAAGCAGCUCUACGCCGUGGUAGUCUCCUGUCUUCUGCUCGCAAGUAAGUUCGAGGAUAGGGAAGACCACGUCCCCAAGCUGGAGCAGAUAAACAGCACGAGGAUCCUGAGCAGCCAGAACUUCUCCCUUACCAAGAAGGAGCUGUUGAGCACGGAGCUGCUGCUGCUGGAGGCCUUCGGCUGGAACCUCUGCCUGCCCACGCCCGCCCACUUCCUCGACUACUACCUCCUGGCCUCCGUCAGCCAGAAGGACCACCACUGCCACAGCUGGCCCACCACCUGCCCCCGCAAGACCAAAGAGUGCCUCAAGGAGUACGCCCACUACUUCCUAGAGGUCACCCUGCAAGAUCAUAUUUUCUACAAAUUCCAGCCUUCUGUGGUGGCCGCAGCCUGCGUUGGGGCCUCUAGGAUUUGCCUUCAGCUUUCUCCCUACUGGACCAGAGACCUGCAGAGGAUCUCAAACUACUCCCUGGAACACCUCAGCACAUGCAUCGAAAUCCUGCUGGUAGCUUACGACAACAUCCUCAAGGAUGCCGUCGCGGUCAAGAGCCAGGCCUUGGCGAUGGUGCCCGGCACACCCCCAGCCCCCACCCAGGUGCUGUUCCAGCCACCCACCUACCCCGGCCUCGGCCAGCCGACAGCGAUGGCCCUGGCCCAGUUCCAGACCCCCGUGCAGGACCUGUGCGUGGCCUAUCGGGACUCGCUGCAGGCCCACCACUCGGGGACCCUGCUCUCAGGGGGCAGCGGCUCAUCCCUCCAUGCCCUGUACCCCACCCUCCAGCCCCUGGACGUGUGUCCCGUGCCACUGCCCGCGUCGCUCAGCAUGCACAUGGCCAUUGCAGCUGAGCCCAGACACUGCCUCGCUGCCACCUACGGGAGCAGCUACUUCAGCGGGAGCCACGCGUUCCCUGCGGGCUGUUUCGACAGAUAGGGCACCUUUAGCCACGCAGGGAGGCCUUGGAGAUCUGGGCAGAGGAAGAGGGCGCUGACGAAGGGAGCUCAGCCCAGUGAGGCGCCUGGGAGGCUGUCCCCGCAGAGCCUCAGGACCCUUGAACGGAGAGGGUGCAUGCUCUUUUUAAAUAAAACCGACCCAGGGCAAAA